UCCAAGAUUCCGAUUCGGAUUCCAUGUUUUGGUUUGGAUUGUUUGGAUAUUUGGAAUUUGGAUAUCAAUCAAUUAUGGUUUGAUAACUACUUAAAGUAUUAAUUAAAGUUCGAAUUACAAUUAUUUUUCAAUUUUCAUCAUGGUAUCCGAAUCUGAAUUUUACAAAGACUACUGUCGCAUUUGCGGAAGUUCAAAUGGUAUCUGCAUAGAAUUGUUUUCAAAUGAAGGAAAGGAUUACUUGAACCAAGUACAAAGUCUUCUAAACAUGCAGAUAUGCAAAGAUGAUGCUCUACCGAAAAAUAUCUGCCAUAUAUGCGUUGCUUUUAUGACCGAUUUUGUAAAAUUUCGAAAUCAUUGUGAAAUUGUGCAGACGAAGUUGAUUGAUUUAGCAGGAAACUUCUGCAAGGAGAAAGCAGUUUCAAAAUCGACAAAUGGCAACACCAUUCAAUCAAAUGGAAAUAAAAUCGUCGUAAAAUCCAGUCCUAGUAAAAAAACGCAUACUGCUGACAAUAGUCCAAUUAGUAGAAAAAUUCAGGCACCAACAGAUGCGAUGAUCGUGGAUUUGAAGGAUGUUCCGGAUUCAAAUGAUAAUCCAGUUACAAAGAGGGAAAAAACUGAAAUUAAAACAAAACCACCCAAAGAUUGGUCUGUGGAACACAUCCCUGGUAGCAACACAACGCUGUACAUUUGUAAUAAUUGCUCUGAAAUGUUGUUAGCUGAGUCAGCAACGCGAUCUCAUCAGUGUCAGACUUCUCCCAAAAUUACGCAUAUUUUACCACAAAACCAAUUGUUACCUCAAGAAACUAAACAUAGUGAAAAGAAAAGAAAACGUAUAUUGUUUGAAGGAGACGAUGACUGAAACUUAAUCAGUUAACCACACAAAUAUGUAAAUUUUAACGAUGUCGUGAACAAGAUACGUUACUUAUUUAAUGUUAAUUAAUUUUAAGUCAACUCCGAACACAUUUGGAAUUUGGAUCAAAAUUUCAAAAUAUGUAGAGCAAACGAGACAUUGCUAUUAAGUAUUAUUUUUUUUAUAAAAAUUUCAUUUUCUGGACAAAAUUUGAAUUUGAAUUUUCUUUAUUUUUUAAAAUAUGUAAUUUAUUACAACUCGUUCCUUAUUAUUAUCAUAAUAUCUCUGUAGCUGUUUUGUUUUUAGUUUUGUUGAGUGAUGAUGACUCAUCUCGUUCUACACAUGCAGUAUUUUGUUUCACUUUGGGAUUUUUCACUUUUAGAAGUGAAAACGCGUCAUUUUGAUAAACUUCUUCGAAAUUUACUAGACCUGUAGAAUUUUCGUAAACUCUGCUACAAAAAGAUGGGUUUUUUCUAUUUUUAAUAUCUUCUUUAUCCCACGUUUCGGUUAAAAGGCAACCCAUUCUGAAACAAAAUAUACAUCGGAUACAUGAAAAUAGAAUCAAGCAAAGGAUACCUAUUAUUCAUUAUGUAAAAUCAUGUCACUUGCUUUGAUGUUGAGUAACACCACAUGUAAUCGAUAAUUACGUAAUUAACGUGUAAUGCAGAGAGUUUUUCAUAAACUUCGUUUUCACUUUUACGACUGAAAAUUGUGUAGACAUCUUUUGUACGAUUUCUGUAAAUAUGUACACGAUAACCGAUAAGUGCCUAUUUAAGAAAUACAGACUACUUGUUUCUAUCAA